CUGGCCGUGAACGAGUACGAGCCGAGAAGCCGCAUCAAAAACACAUGAAGGUUGGGAGCAUGGUGGGGACCGAGAACAUGAUGUGAAUAUAUAAAGGUUUGGAAGACAGUCUGUCUGUUGAUCUUGCCUUUAUCAGUGUUCCCUUCACCUCUCCAGCAUCUCAAGUCGACAUCCUCGGAAGAGAUCAGGCCCGCCAUCAUGCAUCUUACGUCCGCUCUUGCCCUUUCGGGAGCUCUCGCCAGCACGGCAUCUGCCUUGAACCUUCCCAGCUUCAACCAGCAAGCCAUUGACUCCGGCGCGGCUCUCGCUUCCCUCAACAAGCUUGCCAGCGCAAACGCCUCCAAGAACUUCAAGGGGUCAUGCAAGGCGAACAACGUAAAAGUUCGACAGGAAUGGCAUACGCUUCCUCCUGGCCAGCGCAGGCAGUUUAUCAAGGCUGUUCAGUGCAUCCAAAAAUCCCCCAGUGUCUUCCCCGACAUUGAGGGAGCUGUAACGGGCUAUGAUGACUUCACAUGGGUCCAUUUGAUCAACACUGUCAACAUCCACUACUCCGGCUUGUUCCUCAGCUGGCAUCGCCUCUUUAUCCAUCAAUACGAAAAGAAGCUAGAAGCAUGUGGCUGGAAAGGGGGUCUCCCUUACUGGGAAUGGGGAAUGGACACCAAGGACAUCACCAAGUCCCCCGUCUUCGACGGCUCCGACACCUCCAUCGGCGGCAACGGCGAAUACAUCCCUCACGAAGGUCUCACAAUGCCCAUGUGGCCCGACCGGGGCACCACCGACCUCCCGCCCGCCAACGGCUCCGGUUGCGUGACGAAAGGUCCCUUCGGGGGGAUGCAAACGCACCUCGGGCCCGUAGCCCUUCCCGAUUACGGCUCACCCACUUACUCGUCGGCCGCCAAUCCAGCCGCCAAAAACACGCGCUGCCUCAAGCGCGACCUGAACACGGCCGUGCUCCGGACCGAAGGUUCCUUCCGCAACUCGACGAACCUGAUCCUGUCUUCCCCGGACAUCGACAUCUUCCACGCCGCCCUCGAGGGCGACCUGCGGUACAACAACGACACGCGCUACGCGCCGUUUAAGGACGCCAAGAGCGUGCAUUUCGGUGGCCACUUCUCGAUCGGUGGUGAUCCCGGAUCGGAUGCCUUUAGCUCGUGCGGCGACCCGGCCUUUUGGCUGCAUCACUCGCAGAUCGAUCGCAUGUGGUGGAUCUGGCAGAACCUAGAUUUCGCCAACCGCCAGGGCGUGUUCGGGACGCACACGAUGUUGAACCAGCCGCCGAGUGAUAAUGUUACGGUGGAGGAGUUUUUGGAUAUUCAUCCUGAUUUCCCGUCGACGCAGAUCAAGAAGCUUAUGAACACUGUUGGGGAUGAGCCGUUGUGCUAUGUUUAUGCUUGAGAGACGAAAAAGAGGAGAGAUGGAUAGAGAUACCCGAUAUAAUGAGAGAACAACAUGAAAACGCUGCACAUGCCAAGAUAAUACUACCUAGAUAAUCAAAGAACAAAAUCAAAUGCC